ACCACUGUUGCACCUACAACUGCUGCCCAAACAACUGCAGCAGCUACAACUGCCGCACCUGCAACUGCUGCAACUGCAACUGCAGCACCUACAACGGCUGCACCUUCAACUGCAGCACCAACAACCGCCGCACCUACCACUGCAGCACCUACAACUGCCGCUCCAACGACUGCUGCACCUACGACUGCAGAACCUACAACAGCUGCACCUAUGACUGCCGCACCUGCAACAGCUGCAGCUACAACUGCCGCACCAACUGCUGCACCUACAAUGUCUGCACCAACAACGGCAGCACCAACAACUGCUGCUCAAACAACUGCUGCACCAACCACUGCUGCUCAGACAACUGCCGCACCUACAACUGCCGCACCUGCAACUGCUGCACCCACAAAUCUCAUAACAUCAAGGGUGUCUUUCAGAUCUGUUCGAGACACAUUUACAACUGACUUGCUGAAUCCAUCAUCUCCAGCUUAUAUAAGGAGAGCUUCAAUGAUAGAGAGACAGCUUCAUCCUGUUUUUCAAGAGGCAUUCCCUUCCUCCUUCAGAUCUGUGAAAGUGGUGUCAUUUAGUGAGGGAUCAAUCAUCACCAUCAUGGAUGUUAGCUUUGUGAACACAUCUGCUCCUAAUAACACUCAGAUUGGAAGUGUUUUGAUCAACGCAUCUUCAAUCGUCACCGGCUUUGACAUUGAAGGCAGCUCCAUCACUGUGAAUGGCACAGUGUCAGGUGGAGUAAUCCACGGGAUCAGUCUUGUCACCGCAUCCUGCCUGGUACUGUUGUCAUGGCUACUGUCAAACCAGCAAUAACAUCAGUGCUGAUUUUACAUUUACCAUUGCCAUCUGAUGAUGACUGCGUUUACUAUUUCUAAAAAGGACUGCCAAUGGUAAAAAUCCAUGAUUCAUGAUUGUCAUGAAUUGUGUACAGCUUCGAAUGAACAGGGCAAGCGUAAGCUUGUAUUCCUUAAGGAACACAAGGCCAUCGAAGGUUUCCAUCAAUGUUUCUGUGGCAGAUAUGUUUUUUUGUUUUAUUUUGAUUUUACUGUUUGGGGUUGACAACCCUAAGCCCAACCUCUCAUGGUUUCUGGUUUCUGGUGUGUUUUGAGGUUGAUUUGUAAGUCCCCUCCCCUGACCUAUUGUCCUCCAGAUAAUAAAUUAGAGUCACAUACCACAUGGGACCAAACAGACUUAGGUUCUGGUAUGAGCUGUCCUGGUACAUCAAGCCAAGCCAACUCCAGCUGCUAUGUAGUGAACGCUGCCAACAGUACAACCAUGUAUCUAUUGUAGUAUUUCAUACCAGCAGCACAAGACAGAGCUGCUGAUAAACUUGCUGUCCAAAUCAUCUUUAACUACGUGGUCCAUCGUAUCAUCAUUAGAAUAAUUAGCCAAACAAUAUAACUUUAAGCCUCGAGAUGUCAGAAAAUAAAUGCACUAUUAAUGCACAAAUGAAUUUUGUUUCAAAGAGCACUGUCCUUUUGCAAUAUUUAACUUGAUAGUUACAAAUGUUGUCUUGUUUAGUCAUGUCUGCCAAAACAAGUAAAGCCAGCCACACUGGAAAGUAAACUGUGGAUCACACUCACCAUUUCUGAAUGGUGAAUUAAAUGAAGGAACACAUGCAGGUCAUAGUGGGCUUCACAUCCCA